CCAACUUACUCUCCAUCUUCGCUGCCAGUAGAGACCAUAGCGUGCUUAUCUCCUCAUCCUCCCAUGGUUACGGAGGAACUAUGAUCGUAGGGAUAUGCAUUAUCCUCCUAUCUGUGUCUUUCUUCGUCUACCAGCGGGACCCUGCGAGAUGGAAUCGAUAUCUCCAUCCCGCCCCAGCCACCGAUGCGUCACCCUCAAGCAAGUCACCAUCGCCGGGUCCUGCAGAUGACAAUAAAGAGGAGUUGGAUGGCAGAAUAUCAAGCGUGGGAAUUGUUAUAGAGGAGAGGACGCCAGAUGUCGAAGCCAGCGAAAGUCGCGACUCAACUCCCAAAGCGAACGCCACCACGAACGGCAUCCCUCCGAUUCCAUCUUUCUCUUUAGAGUCCGAUACAGCCAGCGAUGACGAUUACGAUGACACGGAUACCAUGGCCCCUCCAGUCUUCCCCGCUCCCAACUCUGCACAGCGCGCAUCCGCCGGCCCCAUCCCCGCCAGGUUCCGCCUCCCCAGUUCCGCGCCGCGUGCGCCGACUACGUCCCCUCAACUCAUGGCGCCUCCACCCGUCCCCAUGCGGCGACCACCGGUUCCAGGCACCGCUGCCUCCCUGCGCGUACCGAACGGACCAAUCCCGAACCGCGCAGCCCCGACACAGAGCAGCCUUGGGGUCCCUCUGUCCACCGCCGUCCGGGCGCCGAACCCACGGAAGAAAGUGACGUUGGAGCCCGGACACUCGCCUCUCGACUGGGCGGCGCUCAAGCGGUCCAGCGCGAACCUAUCCGGGGUUUCGUCGCUUCAGAGAGUCACGCCGUCGCAGCUGAAGCAGCACAAUGGGCGGAAGGGGAAGCCGGCGUGGUCGGCGUAUCAGGGGAAGGUGUAUAACGUUACGCCGUAUGUUCCGUUCCAUCCUGGGGGAGAAGGAGAGAUUAGGAGGGCGGCGGGGAAGGAUGGGGAGAAGUUGUUCAAUGAAGUGCAUCCGUGGGUGAAUUGGGAUAAUAUGCUUGAGUCCUGCAUCGUAGGCAUCAUGGUUGGAGAAGCGGAAACCUUGAAAUCGCCGUUGGAUGAGGUUGAUUGAGGUUGAAUGUGAACAUAUUUAUGUCUCUGACAUGAUUUUGAUUAUGAUACCCGGGUUUGGAUUCAUGUUUCUAUAAUUGUGAUAUGAGUUCAAUGUUGUUAGGAAGUACGGUAACAUGUAUAGGUUGACCUUGUACAAACCACUCUUAAAUAGCAAUCAUAAAGGAGCAGCAACUCAUUUUCCGAUAUC